GUCUGCUCGGUCAACACUUUAACCAGCUUGACCGGUCAUCUUCGCCGCUACCUUUGCAUUCGCAUUGUUUAGGCCUCUUGCACGCUGAAUACUGUCUAUCUACAUUGAAUUGAUACCCAUUUACAGGCCCUCUCUCCCGCACUACAAACCUAGCAGCCAAGCCACGAAGAGAGAGAAAACGAGUCGACAAUCUCAAACCAUGGCCCCGCAACCGCCCUCAUACACCAAGGUCACUCAUUCCGCCACAUAUGCAAGCAUCGACCCAGCCCAGCCCGGCCUCUCCACGGCGGGCAAGGUUGUGCUGAUUACAGGCGCAUCAGGCGGCAUCGGCCGGGCCACCGCCUCAUCCUUUGCGGCAUCAGGGCCCCGAGCCCUAAUCCUCCUCGGUCGCCGCGCCGACGCGCUGGCGGAAACCGCCACGGCCGUUCGCGCCAGUCAAGCAGACGUGACAAUUCAAACCUACCCGGCGGAGCUGUGCGACGCGUCGGCCGUCCGCGAUGCCAUGAACAAGGCGGCGGCUCAGUUCGGCGGCAUCGACAUCCUCGUCCACUGUGCCGGCGUCCUGGCCCCCGUUGUUCCCCUUCUCGAGGCGGAUCCGACGACCUUUCUAGACGGCUACAAGACUACGGUGGUCGGGACGCUGGUGGCCGCCCAGGCGGUCGUCCGGGCAAACCAGUCUGUCAGCACCAACGAGGACAAGCCCGUCACCUUCAUCAACCUGACCACGGCCGGCAUCUUGUUUCCCCCGUUCGCCGGAAUGGGCGCCUACGUGAGCAGCAAGAUGGCUGCCGUCAAGCUCCUACAGUCCUUUGCCGCCGAGAACCCGCAAGUGCGUCUUCACAAUGUGCAUCCCGGGUUCCUCAAAACGGCCAUGUCGGCCAAGCUGGAGGAGAACGUGAAAUUGCCAUUUCCCUAUGACGACAUCUCUCUUCCGGCGGAUUUCCUCGUCUGGAUUGCCUCCCCCGAAGCAGAAUUUCUCAAAGACAAGAUCGUCUUCGCCGCGUGGGAUGUGGAUGAGCUCAAGGAUCGCAAGAAGGAGAUUGUCGGUGGCCCGCCCGGGACUGGUGAGCUUUGGAUCGGCUUCCAAGGGUUUCCUCGAUUUAUCGAUGGUCAGGCUUUGUCAUAAGACGAACCCGUUCAUAUUAAUAUAACUCUAGAAUGAAAGGUGUGAUGCUAAGAC